AUGGUCUUCUCUCGAGUAUUCACCCGGCGUGCUGGGCUCGCCCGGCUACCAGGCCGUCAAAACGCCCCUUCACGGCGCACAAUGAUGCCGGCACCAGGCCCGAACACCGGUCCGCUGAUGGAACGACGCGCAGACCGCGAGCUCCCGAACCCCAACUCCGGCGGACGGCGCUGGUUGUACACUCUACCUAUCUUUGUGAUCGCUACUGGAGCUGGCAUGCUUGGAAUCUUCAACUACCAAAAGUCUUCUUCGAGCGUGGUGAACAGCACGCUCUAUGCUCUGCGGACAUCGCCGCGGGCCCGCGAGAUCCUCGGUGAUGAGAUCUACUUUGCGCAGCAGAUCCCUUGGAUUAGUGGCGAGAUGAACCAAUUGCAUGGCCGUAUCAACAUCUCAUUCUGGGUUAAGGGUACCAAGGCCCAGGGCAAGAUGAAGUUCCACAGCAUUCGACCGGAUCGUAUGAGCUACUUCCGCACUGAGGAAUGGAGCUUGGAGACCGAGGACGGAAAUGUGGUUCAAUUGCUUGACAGUGAUAGCGAUCCGUUCCGGCAAAACUGA